UUUUUUAGAAAAACACGGAUCGCAAUUUAACCAAUCAAUUGGCGCAAAUGCACUCAUCAUCUAAGAAUCAUGCCUCUAGUAAUAACAAAUAUAACCGCUACUCUUGGGGUAGUGGUCAUAGUUCGUCAUCCCUGCACAGUAGUGCUGCCACUUUGGGCAUUGGUUCGGGUAAAGAUGAUUUAUGGGCUGCCAUACAAACGAAUUACAAUUAUAUUAUGGACACCAACCUCUUGGACACGUGCAAAGAGGCUAGAUGUGAGAUAGAGGGCGCUGUUAGUGUAUUGGAAGAUACGAUGGAUAAAAGUUUUAAGUUGCUGGACGAUAAUAAUCGUAACGUGGGCUCUUGUGAAGAUCCCAAAGAAUUACGUAAAUGGUUACGUGAUAUGGAAAACAAAUUAGAAAAUGCACCCUCCUUAUCGGAAGCCACCAUGUUGACAUGUGCUGAAUUAGAAUCACAUCUUAAUGAACAUACGGUAAAUAUCCAAAAUUUUAUUCAAAUGUAAAUAAAUUAAAAUUUG